UGAAAUGACCUACCCGUCAUCCAAUUGCUGAUCCCAGACGACAUUGAUUUCUUGCUAAAUUGUAAAACCGAACUGAGCUCUUCUUCAGAAUCCACUUUCUUUUGAACUGUUCAUAUUUUAGUUUUCUUCUUGUUAUCCAUCAAUCUUAAAAAUUUCAGCAUGACCACUUACUUUGAAUAUCCAUCUGCUGAACUCCAAAGUGAGUUAAGCAAAAUUGCAAAUGCCAUGGUUGAUAAUGGUAAAGGACUUCUUGCUGCUGAUGAAUCUGUCUCAACUAUGGGAAAACGUCUUCAAGAUAUUGGAGUUGAAAAUAUUGAAGAUAAUCGCCGAGCUUACAGACAAUUAUUAUUCACUGCUGAUGAACCUUUAAAUGACCGUAUAUCUGGUGUGAUUUUGUUCCAUGAAACAUUGUAUCAGAAGACUGAUGAUGGUGUUCCAUUUGUUGAGAUCCUCAAGAAACGUUGUAUUAUUCCUGGCAUUAAAGUUGAUUCAGGAGUUGUAAAUUUAUUUGGUUCUGAAGGAGAAACUACUACACAAGGUUUGGAUGAUUUGGCUAAACGUUGUGCUCAAUACAAAAAGGAUGGUUGCCAUUUUGCUAAAUGGCGUUGUGUACUGAAAAUUGGAAAAAACACUCCAUCUUACCAGGCUAUUUUGGAAAAUGCUAAUGUUUUAGCUAGAUAUGCAUCAAUCUGUCAAGCUAAUCGUAUAGUUCCCAUUGUUGAACCAGAGGUAUUGUGUGAUGGUGAUCAUGAUUUAGAUCGUUGUCAAAAAGUCACUGAAACGGUAUUAGCUGCUGUGUACAAAGCUUUGAACGAUCAUCAUGUUUAUUUAGAAGGUACAAUUUUAAAACCUAACAUGGUGACUCCUGGACAGUCUUGUCCAAAAAAAGCAACUCCACAAGAAAUUGCUAAAGCCACAGUAACUGCUCUUCAACGUACUGUACCACCAGCAGUACCGGGAAUUAUGUUUUUAUCUGGAGGACAAACUGAAGAAGAAGCUUCUGUUAACUUAGAUGCCAUUAACAAGUACAAUGGUAAGAAACCAUGGGCCUUAAGUUUCAGUUAUGGCCGUGCAUUGCAAGCAUCUGUUUUGAAAGCAUGGCAAGGAAAGAAAGAAAAUGUGAAAGCUGCACAAGAUGAACUUCUUAAAAGAGCAUUGGCUAACAAAUUGGCGGCAUUAGGAAAAUAUGAAGCUGGGUCUGUUCAAACAGCUGCUGGUUCUCAAGGAUUAUUUGUCAAAGAUCAUGCCUAUUAAACAGUUAAUAUUUAUUCAUAAUCUUCAUAAUAAAUUCACAAUAAUUAGAAAUCAGUUACCAAUGUCUAAAAACAUUCAUUAUUGUAACAGUUAACUAUUUGUGUUUUUGUUUUUUUAAAUGUUUAAAGAAUAUUAUUAUAGAAUACUCGAAUAUAUAUGUUUUAUUCAAAAUAAAUAAUUUUGUUUUGAUAAAUUAAA